AUGGUACCCUUCCUUAACCCAACUGUUUUUCUGGCUUCUUUCCUUCUAACCCUAAUUCCAGCUUCAAAAUUCCAAAACAAGUAAUUUUGACUCAAAAUCCAAGAUCAGAUCAAGGAACUACUUCAAGCCAUCGGACAUAAAGACGACCAAGCUUGGCUUACCAGGAAAAGAAAUAGCUGGCAGCUAUGCUUCCAGGAGUUUCUUCUCACGGCUGAAAUCAAUGGGAAUCAAGAAGAAGAUUGACCAAUUAGCCUUACUUAACCAAUCGGAAGGUGAUGUCCAAGAAGGCCUAGCCGUCUUUGCAAGCAAAUAAGAAAUUAUCCUCACUACAGAACAAGUCGUUUAUUAAUUUUAGUAAUGUUAUGGACAAGUGAGAGCUCAUGAAUAUGCCUUUUAGGGACCCAAGGAUUAUUGAGGAAUCUAGUAGCACUCAAGAACUUAAUCAGCCGUUCCAGAAUGCCUCUAUUCUUAGCUGAACCAAGAAAAGUUCAAGCGGACUUGCAGAGGAGAAGAAAUUAAUUGAUAAAUCUGAUGGUCUACUCCAAGACCCCCGAUAUAAGACCAAAGUAGGUUUGUCGCCUCCUAAUAAGGGACAGACAUCUCUGGGUAGAAAAGUUCCUAACCACCAGCAUCUAACUGCUUCCCGGGAUAAGAUCAAAAAUACUGAAAAAUAAAUUAUCAAGGGGUCGAAAUAAAAAUGUAUCGCUAAAAAAAAUUUUAUCUAAAAACAACGACUAUAACAUAAAGGUUGACCUCGAAGUUCAUCGUAAUAAUAGUUGUGAGAAGAUAAGAAACCCUUGCGAGGGGCUUACUCUUCAAGAGCCAGGUUGAGAUAACUCCAAGAUUAGCCUUUACAAGAUCGAAGCGAGGUUACUCAGAAAGUUAGACGAAAGCAAGAGGUCUAAGCAGAGUAGUACCAUUCAAACUGAAGUGAGAAGUGCGUCAAACAUCAAGCUAAAAUAAGAGCAAGAAGCAUAUCUUCACACUUGGCCGAGAAUAUAGCCCUGUAAAAGAGAAAUCAAGUAUGCCUAUUCCUAACACAUAGAGGUUGGAUGGCAUAGCUUAGCUAUAGCAGUUAAUUGAUAAGA